CACAAGUAUAUUAGCAUAAGCUGGCGCUACCGUCAACUAAAAUCAGUCCCUCAACUAGGCGCUGCCUCGAGUCAGUUUGAACCAUUAACUCAAGAUCUCAACCAUGAUGAACAAGAUCAUAUUUGUCGGUGCUACCCUCGCCAUUUUCGCGUUGCCUGGUGCAUUUGGGUUAAUGUGUUACAACUGCACAGCCGAGGCGCCCUAUAGGGAUUCAAAUGAACUAUGCAUGAUGAAUACUUCUUACACGCCAGAAAACUGCACUGGAGCACCAAACUGUACCACAGUUAUGAUCAUGGUGGACAAUGAAUUAAAGGCUUAUUCCGCUGGAUGUGUUCCUGCUGAUUCAAACUGUACCUCCUACAGUGAGUCCGUAUGCAAUGCGAUUGUAAAGGAAGGCGAGCCACUGAAUAUUACCUGUUCAGUAAAAUGCUGUCAGGAAGACCAUUGUAAUAUGCCCAAGGAUUUUCCCACGAAAGCACCGCCAACCACGACCAAACCAAGUGGAAAUGACAGCUCGACAGAAGCUCCCUCCGCUGGAGUUGAGUUCCUUGCACCUAAGGUCAUCGCUUUGUUGGCCGCCUACCUUUCAGCCCUAUACUUUGGAAAGCAAUAAAGUCUUGAGGUCACUUUAGGCAACAACUUUCCGAGAAACAGCAGCUUCACAAACUGCUUCUAAAAGUUUAAAGCACAUUUUUCAUUUCUUUUAGCCGCGCAUGAAGUUUCUUUGAAUCUGUUCGUGAUGUGCAUGUUUUUACUGCUUAUAUUAGACGAUGGUAAUGAAUGUAGUUAGAUGAGUGUGAACGUCUCUUUUGAAUUUAAUAUUAAUAUCAAUACUUUCGGACAUCACGGGUACAUUGUAUAAUCAAUGAAAAUUUUUAACUUUAGACUUCAUAGCUUAGCGCCUAAUAAGUGUUUUUAAUUUUUUUAUUCUUAAACUAUUGUUUUCGGAUGGAAAUAUAAAACAAAUGGUUGUAAACAUUUCCUUCAAGACAAUAAAGCACGUUGUUUCGUUGCAUUCA